AUGAGUGUCGCGUUCGAGGAAGAUUUCAUCCUCCUGCAGGACGAGUUCCGGCAAGUGAUCCAGGCGAUAGCCUGGCCGGUAAUAAUCGUGGGCAUCUUGGCGAACAUUGGUGUGGUGGUCAGAAUCGUCAUCCCGCACAGGACGACGAACCGGAGCAACUUGAGACCCUUGUACCGAUCUUCCUUGGUGUCUUUGGCAGCCGCGGACUUGUUGAUGCUGACCACGACGGGUACCAACAUCCUGGCGAACGUCUCCGGAAGAACUCACCUCUGGAAGCUUCCCUCAAGCGCCUGCUUCCUGAUUCCGUUUUUGCAAACAGUGGCGAUGAUUGUCACGUCCUUGAACCUCGCAUUUGUCGCAACUGACCGGUUCCAAGCGAUCAGGGCCCAGGUGCCGCCUUCAUCUGCAAAAUCUCCAAGCUCCGUCGGGUUCUUAAUUGCGACGGUGGUCUUCACGUGGGGCAUCGCCUUGGGCUCUUCUUAUCCGGUCCUGAACAUCUACAACACGGAAGCUGUUACGAUAAUAAACAAUUCGACGACUUACCCAGCAAUGCUGUGCCUCGUCAACGAUCGCCAGUCAGCGACUACUAUUUAUACAGCCUUGUUUACUGUUAUUUUUCUGCCGCUGGCCGCGGUGUUUAUUGUUGUAUACAUUCUACUGGCCCUCAAUAUUCACAGGAAGAAAAUUGGCAACUGUCAGGCUUCUGAGUCGACUAUUAGUCAAGAAAUUUCUACAGCAUCAACAAGUAUGAGCAACAACGGCCCAAGACCAGUGAAGAAAAAAAUCCCGAAGCACGUGAUGCGUAAGCGGCGAACAGUCCGAGUAAUUCUCACCCUAAUCGGCGUGUUUGUUUUGUGUCGCAUGCCCCAGUGGUCAUUUCUGCUGGUUAAAUUAUACGUGAAAGUGUCCCAUAAAUUCUGGUGGCAUUUGCAAGUUGUUUUGACAUUACUGUCGCUAAUAAAUGCCGCGGUGCAUCCGUUUCUCUACGCGUUUCUCAACGAGGCGCUCUCUCUAGUCUCCUGGAUAAAUUCUCUGUGUUUGAAGAAAACUACGGAGGCUAAUUCUGUUCCUGAAAUUAUUAGUAUUAAAAUUCCACGUGGCCCUUAUGUUAAUUAA